AUGAGCUACCUCGAAGCUCGCAAGCAGCAGCCUCUACCUUAUGCUGUCAUCGUCCACUCGAAGCCCGUCGGAUCAAGCCAAAAACGCCAAAUACCACCGAACACCUUCGCUUCAUGCACAUUACCCGUGAAGGCACCCCCUCUAGUCGGGCCUAAAACGGCCAACCUUUGCUCAACAUACUGUCGCCCUCCUCAAAUCAUCCCAAGUACGGCCGCUCCAACUGCGCCCAUGGCACCGGCCAUCAAGAAUUGUGGAGCUGGAGUUGCAGCAGCCACACCCUCCGAAUCUCUCGUCCUGUCUCCGGUUUGCCUUGCACUUGAUGACUCUCCUGAGUCUCCUCCGGUGGCACUCAGGUUGAUGACAACUGGUCCUGUCACGCCUGCUGAGUUCAAAGCGUUGGCAAGGGAUGUCACUGCCGGUGGCAGUGUCGUUUGCGAAAGGAUGAACCAUACACUACAAUACAACUUCAGCCCAACUCGUCCGCGAUUGUUCACAGUCCUGACGAUCGCUGUGUCGUAA